CGCUCUUCAUUUCAUCAAAUGGCUUCCGAACCCUACCGACGCGCCGUCGCCGGCGACGUUGAAGGGCCCGACGACACUCGCGCGAUGUUAGAUGAAAUCGAGGAGAUUUCAGUAGAGAGAGGGUUUGAAGGGAAAUCAGUGCCUACGUGGCAGAAACAGGUUACGGUUAGAGCAAUAUUCGUGAGUAUGGUGUUGUCGGUUUUGUUCUCGUUCAUCGUGAUGAAGCUUAAUCUUACCACUGGUAUUAUACCUUCUCUGAAUGUUUCCGCUGGGUUGUUAGGGUUCUUUUUCGUGAAGACGUGGACUAAGCUUUUAGCGAAAUCGGGUUUGCUUAAUCAACCUUUUACCAGACAGGAGAAUACUGUUAUUCAAACGUGUGUUGUUGCUGCUAGUGGCAUUGCCUUCAGCGGUGGCUUUGGAAGCUAUUUGUUUGCAAUGAGUCCAGCUAUUGCAGAUCAAUCUCCAGAUGCUAGCACUGCCAUAGAUACUAAGAGUCCUGGUUUAGGAUGGAUGAUUUCAUUUCUAUUUGUUGUUAGCUUUCUUGGUUUGUUUUCAGUGGUUCCACUCCGAAAGAUUAUGAUUGUGGACUUUAGAUUGACAUAUCCAAGUGGUACUGCAACAGCUCACCUUAUCAACAGUUUCCAUACAACAGAGGGUGCCAAACUAGCAAAGAAGCAAGUAAAAGCACUGGGAAAGUUCUUCUCCUUUAGUUUCUUGUGGGGUUUCUUCCAAUGGUUUUUCACUGCUGGUGAUGCUUGUGGAUUUGCAAGCUUCCCCGCAUUUGGUCUAGAAGCCUAUCAAAAAAUGUUCUACUUCGACUUUUCGGCUACCUAUGUGGGAGUUGGGAUGAUAUGUCCAUAUAUAAUCAAUAUAUCUCUACUUAUUGGUGGAAUCCUUUCUUGGGGUGUCAUGUGGCCUCUCAUCGAUGCUAAAAAAGGAGACUGGUACUCUGCUGAUCUCAAACAAAGCAGCUUACAUGGUCUUCAAGGUUACAAAGUUUUCAUAGCCAUAGCAAUGAUUCUUGGUGAUGGUCUAUACAACUUUGUGAAAGUUCUUGGCCGCACUGUUUUCGGUUUGUAUAACCAGUUUAACAAAAAAGACAUAGGAGCACCAUCCAAUGAUCCAAAUGCUCCUAUGCCAUCUACACUUUCAUAUGACGACAAGCGCAGAACCGAGAUGUUCCUCAAAGAUCAAAUACCCCCCUGGUUUGCUAUUGCAGGCUAUGUUACAAUUGCAAUAAUCUCAAUUGUCACUCUCCCCCACAUUUUCCACCAGCUAAAAUGGUAUUACAUUGUUUGCAUUUAUAUCAUUGCACCGGCACUAGCUUUUUGCAACGCCUACGGUUGUGGACUAACGGAUUGGUCCUUAGCAUCCACCUAUGGAAAAUUGGCCAUCUUCACUAUCGGUUCAUGGGCCGGUGCGUCUAACGGCGGUGUCCUAGCUGGUUUAGCUGCAUGUGGUGUCAUGAUGAACAUUGUUUCAACAGCUUCUGACCUUAUGCAAGACUUCAAAACAGGUUACAUGACAUUAGCUUCACCAAAGUCCAUGUUUGUGAGCCAAGUUAUUGGAACUGCUAUGGGAUGCAUUAUAUCGCCUUGUGUUUUCUGGCUUUUCUACAAAGCUUUCGUUACUCUUGGUCAUCCUGGAUCAGCAUACCCUGCACCUUACGCCCUCGUUUAUCGAAACAUGGCAAUAUUAGGAGUGGAUGGUUUCUCGGCUCUGCCGAAAAACUGCCUCGUACUUUGCUGUGUGUUUUUCGUAGGAGCCAUGAUCAUCAACCUCGUUCGCGACUUGGCUGGAAAGAAAUGGGCCAAAUUUAUUCCUGUUCCUAUGGCAAUGGCAAUACCCUUUUACAUUGGAAGCUAUUUUGCUAUUGAUAUGUGUGUUGGAAGCUUGAUCUUGUUCAUUUGGCAGAGAGUUGAUAAGGCUAAGGCUGAUGCAUUUGGAUCAGCUGUUGCUUCUGGUUUGAUUUGUGGAGAUGGAAUUUGGUCACUUCCUAGCUCGUUUCUUGCACUUGCUGGAGUGCAGCCACCUAUCUGCAUGAAGUUCUUGUCUAGAGCAGCUAAUGCAAAGGUUGAUGCGUUCUUAGCUUCUUGAAGUUGAAUCAUUCAUAUUAAUUGCUUAUUUUCAUUUUCAAAAGAACAUUUCAUAUUGUUGUGAUAUUUUGUACAGUUAUCUAUCUCAGCAAUUUAUAUGAAUGAAAUUAUUGGAUAAUCACUCUUCUUUAA